CGACGUUAACCUGCAAUGUGUAAGCCGUGAAGUCGGUGAGCGCGAUUUGAUGCAUCACGUCCGCUCGAGUUGUUUUCUUAAUUAUUCAAACAAUGUAAAGGUAUGCGAUUAAGGUGUACAAGUCAGUGAUCACCGGUGCUUGAUCAAAAUAUAUAGUUUUACCAAAUCGUGAAAUAUUUUUAUGAAUAAAAUGUCCGAGGUACGAAAACGGGCGAUUGGAGAUGUGGCAGGGAGAGACGUCAACGACGAUCACAAGGAAGAUGCGGAGUCGGAAGAAGAUAAUAAGAUCGAAGUUGACGAAGUGUCCAAGACUCUGCCUCAAGGGACUAAUCAUACACCAGAUGCGCUCGCUGCCGCUCUCUCUGGCAUGUCGGAUCGCUGGAGAAACUGGAUAAUUCGGGGCAUUUUUACAUGUUUAAUGGUGACAGGAUUUGGUAUUAUUAUCUAUGGAGGGCCGUUAGCACUGAUGGUCACGACUUUGGUUGUACAAGUGAAAUGCUUUGAAGAGAUCAUUAACAUUGGAUAUACUGUGUAUCGAAUUCAUGGUUUACCUUGGUUCAGAUCUCUUUCGUGGUAUUUCUUGAUUACUUCCAAUUAUUUCUUCUAUGGAGAGAACCUGAUGGAUUAUUUUGCAGUGGUAAUAAAUCGGACGGAUUACCUACGCGUUUUAGUAACGUAUCAUCGAUUCAUCUCGUUCUGCCUGUAUAUUAUGGGUUUUGUUUGGUUCGUACUAUCCCUUGUCAAAAAAUACUACAUGAAGCAAUUUUCUCUCUUCGCAUGGACACACGUUGCGCUAUUGAUCGUAGUGACGCAAAGCUAUUUAAUUAUUCAGAACAUAUUUGAAGGAUUAAUAUGGUUCAUUGUACCAGUGAGUAUGAUUGUCAUAAACGAUAUAAUGGCAUACGUCUUUGGAUUUUUCUUCGGCAGAACUCCGUUGAUAAAAUUAUCCCCAAAGAAAACUUGGGAAGGCUUUGUAGGUGGUGGUAUUUCAACAGUCAUACUUGGAUUAUUGAUGUCGUAUGUCAUAUGCCAGUACCGCUACUUUGUUUGCCCAAUUGAGUACAGCGAAGCCUUGGGUCGAAUGACUAUGGACUGUGAACCAUCCUACCUUUUCAGACCACAAGAAUAUACUCUGCCUACUGAAACCUUACAAAAUUUAUCCAAUUGGCUUGGUUGGAAGGGUACAAUAACAAUGUAUCCCUUUUUGCUGCAUUCACUGUCAAUGUCUGUAUUCAGUUCCGUGAUCGGGCCGUUUGGAGGAUUCUUCGCUAGUGGUUUCAAACGAGCUUUUAAAAUCAAGGAUUUUGGAGACGUGAUUCCUGGUCACGGAGGAAUAAUGGAUAGAUUUGAUUGUCAGUAUUUAAUGGCAACGUUUGUCAAUGUUUACAUCUCAUCAUUCAUCCACACCGCCUCGCCCCAGAAGCUUCUACAGCAGAGCGACGGUAUUUUAUCGCAGGUGUACAACUUGAAGCCGGAGCAGCAACUGCAGCUGUUUUACACUUUGCGAGACGCGCUGGAGCACAGAGGUAUCCUAAAUACGCCCUAAACAUUACCACCUACGUCAGGUAGCGUGUGGGUUAUUGAUUGGGCACCAAUUGCAAUGCAUUGCUAUGGGAAUCCGAAUAAAUUGAGACGUCUCUUUCCGAGUUUUACUUAACGUCACCACAAAAUACCCUGGUCUACUUCUGUUCAUAAAAUUGACAAAUGUAGCGACUGAAACGUUCAUUAAUGACAACAUUCCUUGAUAAAGCGGAACGCAGAUAGCUUUACUCUCUCCAUUAUUUCCAAAUUUAUGAAAAAAGUUACCGUCAAUGGUAAAUGUAGAAUGUGCCACAUAUUAUGCUUUUACUCUCAUAGCAAAGCAGAUCAUUGGAUUAGGAAAUUUAUAUGCUCGUUAUUUAUUUUGAUUAAGUUUCGUUCUGAAAGUAUGUGCGUGAUGUCCGUGUAGAGUAUGAAUCAUACAGAAUAUAACUUACUUGUUAACAAUAACUUAUUAUCUUCAUGUCAUUGAAUGAACAUUGAAUUUUUUUGACAGUGAUCGACGUUUUACUAAUCUUCUAUUAACUGUAAGUGGAAGUAUUUCCACGGUCCUGAUUUAAAUGUAAAGAUAAAUCACUGGACAAUUACAGUUAUGUAUACAUCGCGCAUUCCAUUCACUAGGUAACCACGAAAAAUCUAUGUGGCAGGAAUUCAUCAAUUCGUUGUUCAAAUAAAGGGCAUGAAACAAUCAAAUAAAUUCCAUCCUCGUUGAGUAAACUUGAUGCUGAAAGGGCGCUUUAUCCAUUAAUUUUUGGAAUAGAAAAUGCAAUCGACGAUUUUCUUCUUCCUGUAUAAUUUUAUUGUUUCGUGCCCAUUUUAGAGAAAUUCACAACAUUAAAUGAUCGUUACAUUGGUUAGUAUUUUACUUAUCACACUAACAUACCUCUUAAGAAAUCUAAGUCAUUAUGUUGUUAAUCAUUUCCGAUUUACUAGAACUCAAAAUAGCCCCUUUUUUAAUUUAAACAAAGUUCAUAUUAUAGCGUUAGUUUCACGUAACUAGUUAUCAUCAUCACACCUGACUUGAUGCUUUAUGUGGCUCUCAUCGUUCGUACAAUAUUUUACGUAAGUAAAUAAUCAUAAAUCUCUGAAUAAUUUUCAAAGUACUCAAAAUGUUUCCAACAAUUAUUUUCAUAACAUCUAUUGAUUGAAGAUUUAGAUCUCACAUUCAUGUGUGUUUGCACGCACUUAUAUUCUGCCGACUUGCCAAGUUGAUGCCUGUAUAGCUUCAAAUAUUUUUUUGAUAAUACGAUUUGUUACUGUU